ACAGGUCUAGUGACAUCAUCACUCUUGGGGUGGUGAUGCCACAACCCCAUGACGUCAGAGCUUGGGGAUAUGACGUCAUAAAUCCCCUCUGCCAGAACCACCCCCGGCUCUGCAGCUCCCAGGAAGCCCCCAAAGCCCCCGAGGACUCCAAAGCCCCCAAAGAGCCCCCGUCCAAGUACCUGGAGCGGCCCUGGGAGUACCUGGAGAGUGAAGAGUACCGGCUGACCUAUGGGGACAGGCCCGUCUGGUUCGGGUACCGGCGCAACCACAAGGGAUCCGUCCCCCCCCAGCGCACCCGCAAGGCCUGCCUGCGCCGGGGGAAGCCGGUGGGGAACCCGUGUCCCAUCUGCCGGGACCGCAACCUGCUCGUCGACUUCCGGAACGUGAAGCUCCUGGAUCAGUUUAUUUGCCCGCACUCGGGGGUUGUUUUCCACCCCACACACACCGGGGUCUGCAUGAGGCAGCACAAGCUCCUAUCCAAGGCCAUCGCUCAGGCCCAGGACCACGGGCUGCUGUGGCUGCAGGUCCCCUACGUGCCCACCCCCC